AUGUUGCUGUUUAUAGUUCGAAGUGUUGUUCUGAGUUUCACAGUGCUUAAAGACAACCAAAGAUAUUUGCCAAGAAAAGGACCUUCUAGGACUUUAAUCAUACUCGUAUGUAAUAAGAAUUUUUCAAGGAGAAGUCAUCUGACGGUGCACAGUCGCCCUCAUACUGGUGAGAAACCUUAUUCCUGUAGUAUAUGUAAUAAGAGUUUUUCAUUAAGGUGUAUUCUAACUUUACACUGUCGGACUCAUACAGGGGGAAAACAUUAUUCUUGUAGUAUAUGUAAUAAGAGUUUUUCAAGGAAGGGUAAUCUAAUUGCACACAGUCUCAUUCAUACUGGUGAGAAACCUUAUUCUUGUAGUAUAUGUUAUAAGAGUUUUUCACAGAAGAAUAGUCUGACUGAACACAAUCACUCUCAUACUGGCAAGAAACCUUAUUCUUGUAGUAUAUGUAAUAAAAAAUUUUCGAGGACGAGUAAUCUGACAGUGCACAGUCGCUCUAAUACUGCUGAGAAAGCACAUUCUUGCAGUAUGUGUAAUAAGAAAUUUUUACAGAAGAAACAUCGAAAUAAUCGUAGUAGCUCUCAUACUGGUGAGAAACCUUAUUCUUGUAGUAUAUGUAAUAAGAAUUUUUCGUAUAGUUAUGAUCUAACUAGACACAGUCGCAUUCAUACUGGUGAGAAACCUUAUUCUUGUAGUAUAUGUAAUAAGAGUUUUUCGUAUAGUUAUGAUCUAACUUGACACAGUCGCAUUCAUACUGGUGAGAAACCUUUUUCAUGUAGUAUAUGUAAUAGGAAAUUUUUACAGAAGAUACAUCUAAAUAAUCGCAGUCUCACUCAUACUGGUGAGAAACCUUAUUCUUGUAGUAUAUGUAAUAAGAAAUUUUUACAUAAGAUACAUCUAAAUAAGCACAGUCUCUCUGAUACUGCUGAGAAACAUUAUUCUUGUUGUGUAUGUAAUAAGAAUUUUUCCAGUAAGAAUUAUCUAAUUACACACAGUCGCACUCAUACAGAUGAGAAACCUUAUUCUUGUAGUAUGUGUAAUAAGAAUUUUUCAAGGAAGGGUAAUCUAAUUACACACAAUCGCUCUCAUACUGGGGAGAAACCUUAUUCUUGUAGUAUAUGUCAUAAGUAGGAC